AGAAAAACAGCAAUCUUUCACCAUUUCCAGUCAGACGGGGUACAAGAGCUUGAUUAGGAAUAACGAUUAAAGACUAUUUCAAGUGGAUUCAAAGUUCAUUAAAACGAGAGGAAGUAUCGGCCCUUACAAUUGUUGACGAGGGUUUCUCGCCGUGUCCUUUAUGUGAGGAUCGCGACGAGAGAGAGAGAGACUUGGGGCAGAGAGAGAGAGACAGGUGGAGAGACAGCGGAGAUCAUUGUGUCUUUUUAGAUCUGUGCUUAUCAUCUCUAUUGAGAUCUCAUUGUCUGGUCAUCUGCUCGACAACAAGGAAAUAAACUGCAUUAAGAGGCUUUUACCACUGCUUCACUGUACCUUAUUACAUAGGUGUCAUCAUGGAGGCCAUAGCCAAGUAUGAUUUCAAAGCAACUGCAGAUGACGAGCUGAGUUUUAAACGUGGCGAAGUAUUGAAGGUAUUAAAUGAAGAGUGUGAUCAGAACUGGUAUAAGGCAGAACUAAACGGCAAAGAUGGUUUCAUUCCAAAGAACUACAUCGAAAUGAAGGCACAUCCGUGGUUCUUUGGGAGAAUUCCAAGGGCCAGAGCAGAAGAGAUACUCAACAAACAGAGGCAUGACGGAGCGUUCCUCAUCAGAGAGAGUGAAAGCGCACCUGGAGACUUCUCCCUUUCUGUCAAGUUUGGCAAUGACGUACAGCACUUCAAAGUGCUGCGUGACGGGGCUGGAAAGUACUUCCUCUGGGUUGUGAAGUUUAACUCUCUCAACGAGCUGGUGGACUAUCACCGCACCACUUCCGUUUCCCGAAACCAACAGAUCUUUCUACGAGACAUCGAGCAGGUGUCACAGCAUCCAACAUACGUGCAGGCCUUGUUUGACUUCGACCCUCAGGAGGACGGCGAGCUCGGCUUCAGACGUGGAGAUUUCAUUCAGGUCCUGGACAACUCGGACCCCAACUGGUGGAAGGGCGCCUGUCACGGCCAAACGGGCAUGUUCCCACGCAACUACGUCACGCCUGUUAACCGGAACAUGUAAAAAGAAAACGAAGCAAUUAGUAAAUAAAUUGUCAUUAAUGGCCCUUCAAAUUCACAUACAAUCAGACUGCCCUAAAUGUCCCCUAGCAACACCCUUAAAGUCCCGUGAAAUCCAAAGUGGCGCAGAAGAAUGGAAAUCACGAAAGAAAAGGAAAAAAUAAAAGUAGCGGAGAGGAUGGACGCCCCACCUCUCCCAUGGUGCCUGGGCGAAACUACUAUUUCCUGAGAAUUUUUGAUGUCUUCGUGAACGCUUGCAGUCGAGGCAAAGGAGAGGCUGAAUUUUAGCAUAGUACACACCAAGCAUGAAUUAAAACAACAUUUGAUUCUGUCUAGAUUCAUCCUGCUGCUUUUGCCUUCUUUUGUAGUCUGCAUUUAGAUUUUUAUUUGAUUUUUUUUUUUUCUCUCUUUUGGCUGCAUGUUUAAAUCUCUUUAUAAUAGCAAAUCCUGGAGCUGUUUUUAUGCAUUCUAAAAAAUAAAAUAAAAAUAUGUAAAAUGUAAGAGAAAAAAUGCAAAAGCAUUGUACAUCUGGGCUGUUGUAAAACAAAAUCACCUAUAGAGAGAAUCCAUUUUUUUAAGAAUAUAUAUUAUAUAUAUAUUUGUAUGCGUCUGUCUGUUUUACUUUUCGAACACACAUUGUCUUCUUUUUCCGAUUGUAAAUUAUGUUGCGUUUUUUGGGAGGGUGGAUGAAACGGAGUAGCUCUUGAACAUGCUAACUCAUCGGUAUAAUUAUAUAAAUAUCUGAGAUAUUUCAGACAUAACACCGUAGUAUUUAAAGCAUCAUGUAUUCCAUUUGAUGCCAUCAUUCUUAUUUUAUAACUUGAUAGGUGAGCGGAGCCUUUUGAUGAUAAUAAUAACGAUUUAUUGUCAGGAAGCUUCCGUGUGCGUGAAAAUGGACGUCGAUUAUGCAAGAGUUUGUCUAAUGUGAAACCCACACAGGCUAGCCACCAUUUUUAGCCAAUGUAUUUAUUGCAGCCAUUUUAAUUUGUCUUGGGAUGUGAAUGUAGCUGACAUUACUCUGUAGACUUCACGAGUGACGUAAGUUUGGAGAGUUUACCACAGUUGAUUUCAGUCCGAGACGUGUCAAUUUACAGUGUCAAAAUCCAUACAUUGCAUAUGGAACACAAGCUGUUCGCCAGAUUGCAUUUGUAAGUAAAACGAUUAAAAAGUGUGAGAUUUGGCUUUUAAUUGCUGAAAAACUGGCUGACGCUAGUUAAGCCAGUAAGAAGAAACCGGAGAUUUUUCGUACAUGAGUUGACACAUCGACUUUACUGAUGUGAUGUUUCUCUUAUCUUUGUCCACUUUUCAGUGUUGUAUGUUUUAGCUCUUACAUAAAUUUGUUUCUUUCUGUAUUACUGACCCACCCCCCAUCCCAAAUUAUUUUUAUGUGAAUUGUGUUUUGUUCUCUCUGAAUUAGUGCCUUUUUCUCUGGUGUGACAGUGUCUCUGGCUUGCUGCUUUAGCCUGAGUAUUGGGCUUCGUCAGACCCACAGUGAGAAAUCAUGUGACCUACCCACCACCCCCUCCCCCUAAACACACCUGAACACAGUCCUAUUUAAUUGUUUCACUUUUUUUUGCCUUGUUUCUUUUGAAUAAAAGUGAAAUGAAAAAAAA